AUGGGGGGAAAGCAGAGCACGGCGGGGCGGCCCCGGGGUGCUUUCCCCGGUGUCUCUACGGAUGACAGCGCGGUGCCACCCUCGGCCCACUUCGGCCACUACCGGCCGAGCGGCACCAUGGGCCUGCGGAGCCGCUCGGUGAGCUCCGUUGCCGGGAUGGGCAUCGAGCAUAGUCCCGCGGUGCCCUUCGGUUUCUACACCCCCAGAGGGACUGACUCGGAUCGAGCCGGAGGGGGGUCAGGGGGCACUACCGCCGCCCCUCACGGUACCGGCUACCAGGACACUGGGGGCGGAGGGCACCACACAGACGGGGUGCUCUAUCUGGGGUCCCGGGGGUCGCUGGCUGACACCUUGCCCCUGCACAUCGCACCCCGCUGGUUCAGCGCACACAGCGGAUUCAAGUGUCCUGUCUGCUCCAAGUCUGUGGCGUCCAAUGAAAUGGAAGUUCACUUCAUCAUGUGUCUAAGCAAGCCUCGCCUCUCCUACAACGAUGAUGUGUUGGCGAGGGAUGCCGGUGAGUGUGUGAUUUGUCUAGAGGAACUGCAGCAAGGGGACACCAUAGCCAGACUGCCGUGCCUCUGCAUCUACCACAAAAGCUGUAUAGACUCAUGGUUUGAGAUCAAUCGGUCUUGCCCUGAACACCCCUCUGACUGAUUGACCACUAGGCCCAUUAAGAACACUGCUCAAGGACAUCUUGUGGUCCUGUCAUGGAUAUCUGGACACAGGCGCAACCAAAUCUGAAGAAACAAUCAAAGCGAUCA